UAGACACUUUGCUGUGUACACGGUACCCCGUUCCUUGAGUUCCAUCGUGGUCCUGCGCGAGUAUAUGAUCAGCCAUCAACAACCGACGAGAUCAUCACAACAAUGCUCAUUAUGCGCAAAACACAGCAGCGGAGAGCAUGGCCAGCUGCAACAAGGUUUGAUAAACUGCCGCCGCAAAGCUGAAUGGUGGAAAGCAGUCACUCACCGACGCGCUGUCGAGGAACCUUGUACCAAGUGGUCCCUGCCGAUUGCCAUGUCAAAUGCCCAUGCCCAUACAUGCCACGGGUUGCUCUUGGUAUCAAGUUGAAAAAGGAAUGUCGAGCUGGACAUCGGCAGAGGUCAAUCAAAGAUGUCAUUGGCAGCUGCUAUCGAAAGGAAUGCGAUGCACCUCCCCAUGCACCACCGUUGCCGACUUCUGCUGCAGAGUGCUUGCUUUUGUUUUCUGUAGCGAGCCCGAGCAAUUCUAACGUCCCUCGAGACUCUGUUGGCUCCUCAAGUCGUUCUUUUUUGGAUGCUUCCUCUCCCAUUUUGGCUCUUGGUUCUUGGUUCUUGGUUCUCUUUUUGGACUCACCUAGAACAUUUCUCAUUGUCCAAUGCGCACGCUGCGCCAACAUUCCUCAGCCUGACCCAAUCAUAUCUCAGACCUGACAUCAACAGUCUCCGGCUCUGGCCAAAACAAAACAUACUGUACAUCGAGUGGCGUGGGAAGACAAGGACAGUCGCGGACGUGAAGAGAACGGAACAAGGAGGAAUUGUGGUUGAGGCUGUGCGAAGUUUGCAGUCGACCAGGACGCGGCGUUCACAUCAGAGGACUGGCAGAAUUCGGCUUAUGUCCAAAUCCAGCGUCACAGUUUGUUGACAUCGAGACCUUGCAUGUGAUCUCGCGGCGCUUUAUCAAUCACAUCAGGCUUACUCCCUCUGUCUUCGCGACAUCCACGCGGUCAGAUACGCGCGGUGGAUGGACACACCAUUUUUACAGGCUUGAGGUUGCUAAUCAAAAGGGCGUGCUCAUGAUGUCGUCCUCUCUCAAGAUUUCAGCGCGACCCGGCGGACCCGCCACCCUUCAGUCCAAGACAGAUAGACCGCAUGCGAAGAGAAAUGCUCUAGCAGAAAUCCAACCCAGAGCCCCGCCUGCGCCUGUCUCCCCUUACAGUCGCGCUCAAGGCCCCGCGAGCUCGUCACCACGACUGCCACACCAUGAGUCGCUCAAACCUGAAGGGAAUUUAUCCAUUCGUGAGAAGACGGCCGGUAAACGCCCCGCCAUCGCCAUCGAAAACAAGCGGCUCUCCACUGUAGCAGAUGACAUCGCCGCAGAAAGCAAGAGGGACUCGCAAGUUUCCACAACCUCGGCAAUAUCUGUUACUACAAAGGGGAAAAGAAAAACCCAUGUUGGGCCAUGGCAGCUAGGGAAGACCUUGGGAAAGGGUGCUACUGGGCGAGUCCGUCUGGCAAAGCAUGCAGGGACUGGUCAAACCGCAGCGGUUAAGAUCGUUUCCAAAAAGUCAGCCGCGCUUGUCCAAAGUGCGAGUAUGGCUCGUAUGGAUGACGAAGAGACGCUCGCCAUGAUUGCUGCAGGCCCUCGAACAAUGCCAUUUGGGAUUGAGCGCGAAGUUGUGAUCAUGAAGUUGAUCGAACAUCCGAAUAUCAUCAACCUCUAUGACAUCUGGGAGAACCGCGGCGAGCUCUACUUGGUCCUUGAAUAUGUCGCAGGUGGUGAGCUGUUCGACUACGUUUCGGGCAACGGAGCUCUACCUGAAGAUGAAGCGGUCCGCCUUUACCGUCAGAUCAUCGCCGGCCUUUCAUAUUGUCAUCGUUUCAACAUCUGUCACCGCGAUCUCAAGCCGGAGAACAUUCUUCUCGAUUCCAACCGAAACAUCAAGUUGGCUGACUUUGGCAUGGCAGCUCUGCAACCCGAUGGUACAUGGCUGAAUACCUCAUGCGGGAGUCCGCAUUAUGCAGCCCCCGAGAUCAUCCAAGGCAACCAAUAUCGUGGCGAUAAGGCUGAUAUCUGGAGCACAGGGAUCAUUUUGUAUGCGAUGCUCAACGGCUUUCUACCUUUUGAUGGUGGGUCACUGGCCAACACUUUACGCCUGGUCAAGAAAGGAGAGUACUUCAUACCUCCAAAUUUGAGCGUUGAAGCCUCGGAUCUCAUACAACGCAUCUUACAGAAGAGACCAGAGAGGAGAAUUACAAUGGACGAGAUCUGGGCCCAUCCACUUCUCAAGAAAUAUGAAAAGUAUCAUGCAAGCUUGGUGGCGCCUCAACCGCUCAUCGGCGCAGCGCCACCUCUGAGUAUCGAAACGCAAGGCCGACGUGUUAUCAAACGGUCCGAUGUUGAUGCAGAAAUUCUCAGAAAUCUGUCGACGCUAUGGCAUGGCAAAAAGCCAGACGAAUUGAUCAAACAACUCAUGAGCGAGGAACCAAACCACGAAAAACUCUUCUAUUGGGCACUGGUCAAAUUUCGCGAUGAUCAGCUCGAGAACUACCCGGGCGACCCCCUUCAUUACUCUGCCAGUGACUAUCACCAUGUCAGCAAACCGGUACCGAAACCAAAGCGUGGCCCAAAUGGUCGCGGUCACAAUCGACGAGGUUCCCAGUUCUCGAUUGUCAGUGACGACAACAAUAGGCGCGACGGGUACUACAAGAAUCCUGGUACUGCGGCAAGCAAGGCAACUCAGAGCAGCUAUGACCCUUAUCGAGCAUCGAGGACGCCACUAGCUGGAGAUGCUCACGAGCCGCCCACCGUCGUUGUUCGUCAUCGGCCAACGACUCCGGGAGGGCGAUCUGUGAGCUCUGCUAGCAGCGUGAGGCAUAAGGCUGUGGAUAGAUUGAGGCCUGAUGUUCCCGCUCUCCCAAGCUUCACGUCCGAAGAGCUUGAAAACCUGAUUCAGAAGAAGCGUGCCUCGUAUUCCACAGCAACGUCCAAGAGUUCCCUGUCUAGCACACGACGUGUUCCUGGUAUCCGAAAGUCGAUGAGCUACAAGCGGCAAGUCAGUUUCCAACACCGUCGACAGAAUUCUUCUGGUACCACACACCCUCGUGCCCGAACAUUAUUCUCCGACAAUCACCCUGCAGAGCGUCCUGGUACUCGUGGUACUACGAAUGGAAGGUCUGAGACACAGAGCAAUCCGAGUCUACCAACUCCUUCCCCCGCCUAUCGUCCGCGCAAAUCCAGCUCCGAGAUCGACGUGAAGAAGCCACGUGUGGCCAGCUAUUACUGGAAAGACGAAACACGUAAGGUCAGUGCCGAGCUCGGCAAGAUUUGUGAAGAAGCAUUCAAUCGAUCAUCAGUGUCUACGGUCAGCGAAGUCAGCCCGGCUCCUCCGUUGGACUCAUCGGCAACAUCCAUGGCAGUGCAUGCUUACAGAGUACCGGAGAGCAUCCGUGAUCGACCCCUUCCUGCAACGCCAAUCCUUCAAGAAUUAACCGAACGUCGACAGAAGAUCAUCGAGACUUGGGGCGAUGCCGACCCAAAUGUUCUCGCUGACAUGUUGGCUGCUGUUGACAAGCGCAUUGAUGCCGAGUUGGGCCAGGAAAGAAGAUGUGAUAAGCGGGCGGCUUCUGAUCCAACCAAUGGAGCCGGACCGAGCAGGUAUCGCCGUGCUAUCUCGCCGGUCGAUACUAUGGAAGACCUGAAGCGCAACCGCGAGGAUAGCUCUAGAGCAGCAUCGGAUCCCGUCAAGUUGAAGACCCCUCAGGCGCAAAAGGACACCACAAUCCGCCUCGUAACUCCGGAUCCAACUUCACCCUUCGCCCGAAUUGAGCCCCUUCGAGUGAAAAAGAACAAAGCAGCGCCGAUUAACUCACUUAGAGGCGGUCCGAUCGAAUCCUACGAGCGUGUUGGGUACGACCCGCGGCUAUAUGCCAAACGAGAACUUGACACAAUCGACGAGAAUCCCGGGUCACCAAGGAAGAAGAUGUUCCCAACAUCGUCUAAUGCUGCACGGAAAUGGUCCUGGCUUGGUAAACGUGGGUCUGGUCCUCAGGAUCCCCUAGAUUCUAACAAGUCUUCGGAAGAGAUAGUACAAGAUACUGUUUCCAAUUCGUCCCAGAUCGUCCAGCCAAGUGAAUCCGGCAACUCUUCCACACUUUCGACGGCAAAAGCGAGUGAGCCACAAUCAGGUGAUAUCGAGUUGCAUAUGGAGAAGAAGAGAAAAUGGUUUCAGAAGAUGUUCGGAAGACCGUCCAAGCCGAAGGAUGGCGUCUCAGCAAUCCCGAUUGGACAUCACAUUGUGCGAGACCUGUCGGACGGCACAGACUCCAACGAACCCAAUCAAGAGGUCAAUCCAGAUGAGCGAGUCCGAGCCCGAAAGGCUUAUCCUCCAGCGACCAGUGUCGAAGCCGCCAUGGCAGCAGCUGCAGUUGGCCCGAUCGAGAUCAAUCAGAAUUGGUUCGCCAAGUUCUUUCAUAUCAAACCCGCGACUCGUGUGCUUUGCCUUCAAAUCAGCAAGGGCAAAGCGAAGAAAGAGCUUGUCAAGAUUUUAAAGGAGUGGCGCAAGUACGGGCUGAGGGAUGUGAUGUCGGAACGACGAGGGGGUAGUGAUGUUGUCCGAGGGCGCGUCGACGCAUCAAACUAUCUGCAACUCAAACCCGUUCAUUUCCAUGCCUAUCUGUAUUCGGUCCUUGAACACGGUCGAAAGGCCAAUUUGAGCAUUAUGAAGUUUACACAGGAGAAGGGAGCAGCGAGCAGUUUUUACAAAGUUGUUGAUACUCUUGAAGCCGUCUUGAAGGAGCGGAACUUGUUAGUGCCUGAUGCGCCGCGCAAGAAGGCCAUUGAGCAAAGUCUCAAGGACGCGGGGUUGUGAAAAAUAAAAAGAGAACAAAACUUACUUGGGUCAGUAGCGAUUUUGACAUCCAAGCAUUGUUGGGGCCUUGGAAAGCAAUGCCCGUUUGCUUUCAGCCUUGUGUACAUUCCUUUGCAAAGACAGUUGGAUUGUUGGAAGGCAACGGAAUGGUCUCUGCUGGUUAGGAUACAUAUGGUUGUUUGGGGCCGAUACAAAAGGCACAGGCAUUGUAUUCUUGAGCUUCUGCAGGGAAACUCUAGUGCUAAUGAAACGCCGAACUACAGAGGAAAGGCAGUUGAGCAAUCCUAAUGUCUGAUAGCUACGACUCCCGAGAAUCUGAAUGUUUCUCGAACCUGACGUACCACGCUCCUGUUCCGGAGCCGAAAUAUGGCGCAAGUUUGUUGAUCUCUUCGAAAAAC